CGCGACAACAUGGCGGAAGUGAACAAGCCCCUGUACGAGGCUAGCGCGAUGCCUCACCUGAUCUCGUUCGAUGAGAUUCUUACGCACAUAGGAGAUCUUGGCAGAUGGCAGAUACAAGUUUUCCUGCUCAUCUCGCUUGCAAUAUUAGUGCUUGGCUUACAGAACAUGGUGAUCGUAUUCAUCGGAGCGAUCCCUGAGCAUUGGUGCGCCGUGCCGGAGCUGGCGGCACUACCCUACGACGUGCAGAAAAACCUGAGCAUACCGUAUGACAUAUCAGAUGAAGGAGUAUUGAAAUGGUCGGCCUGUGAGGUAUAUUCUGAACGAAAUUACACGCAGGCAGCUUUUCUCUAUGCCAGUGGAGGCCUCGACAGUUUGUCGCACUUCUUUUACACCGACGGCAACCAGACAUCGUGUGAGAAUGGUUGGAUUUACGAUCAGCGAGAGGGGGGCUCGACUUUCGCUACUGACUGGGACCUGGUCUGCGGCAAAAGCUGGUUGGCGUCUGCUGCCGGUCAAAGUCUCUACAUGUUGGGUUUUCUGAUCGGAUGCAUCGUUUUCGGAGAGAUUUCAGACAAGAAAGGCCGGAAGAAAACCUUCUUGUUUACGAUACUGAUGCAAGCGACGGUCUCCACGGCUAGCGCUUUCUCUCCGAACUAUCCCGUCUACGCCGUGCUGCGGUUCCUGACAGGAGCGGCCGCGGCUGGGUCCUGUAACAGUGGCUUCGUCUAUCUAAUGGAGAACAUUGGGGGUGCUUAUCGCAAUCGAUGCUCUAACGGCGUCAGCAUAUUCUACUCGAUGGGAUGGCUGUUGUUAGCCCUGUUCGCGUGGCUCAUCCCCUCGUGGCGCCAUCUACAGUUUGGGAUAUCAGUUUGGAUGUUCAUUCUGCUGGGUUACUACUUUCUUCUAGACGAAUCCCCACGAUGGCUGUACGCAGAAGGCAAGCACGAAGAAUGCGAAGUGGCACUGAGGAAAAUGGCAGCAAUCAACCGGAGGCCAUACCCCGAGAAUGUACAACUGAUUCUUAAUGAAAAGAAGCAUCAGAUAGUCACCGACGACGGUAAGGUGAGAGAACCGAACGUCAUGGACACACUGCGUACGCCAAACAUGAGGAAGAAAUCGCUCGUCAUGAUGUUGCAGUGGUAA